UCAGAAAUUGUCCCAUCGUUCAUUGCGGUAUCAUGACGUCAGGUCAGCUGAUCUCUGCUGUACCAAGGAGAAAGAUGUCGCUGACAAACUGGCUAAGGAUGGAGGCUGUGUUCUCCGCGGCGUUUCUCCUCUGCUUCUUUGUCACAACCGGUGUCCAUGGAGACAGCUUAACGGUGCUGCAGGCUCCGGAGUUUGUGUCCUUCCAGAAAGGAGACUGGCCUGUCUCUGGAGAGAAGAUCCCUGACCUGGUGGCUUUAACCAUGGGUUUCUCUGUUCAAGAGGAUCUGUCCUGGCCGGGCCUUCAGGCUGGUCCGUUGUUCCAGCGUCCCCGGGCUAACGUACUGGUGGUGGUGAGAGGAGUCGAUAGCCUGGCUCUGCCUCAGAGUGUGGCCUCCUACCCCUUGGAGAAUCCGGUGCCCUUCACCUUGGAUAGUGUUGCAGAGACAGUACACUCUCUGUUUGCUGAGGACACCCCUGUAGUGCUGCAGCUGGCCCCCAGUGAGGAGAGGUUGUAUAUGUUGGGCAAGGCCAAUGCUGUGUUUGAGGACCUACCAGUCACCUUGCAGCAGAUCCGUGCCCGCCUGUCCCAGGAUGGUUCUGUGCUGGCUUCCCUGCCGCUCAACUCCCUCAGCAGAAAUGCAGAGGCUGAUUUGCUCUUCCUGUCUGAGGUCCAAGUACUGCAUGAUAUCACAGCUCUGUUGCAGAGACACAGACAUUUGGCGAAGGACCACUCUCCUGACCUGUACUCCUUGGAGUUGUCUGGCUUGGAGGAGCUCAGCAGGCUCUAUGGCCAAGACUCUCCCCAGUACCGCGAUGCCACUUCCAUUCUUGCCUCUGUUCUGCAGAAAUUUGGAGAGGAUGUGUAUGGUGUCUAUGGCAACAGUGCUGUAGUGGAGGUUGUUACAGUUAAGACCUUUGAGGCUCCUUUGACCAGGAAGUCCCGUUCGAUCUUGGAAUCCAAACAGAUUAGUAACCCUGGCAGCCCUUACAACCUGGCCUACAAGUACAACUUCCACUAUGCGGUGGUCUUCAAUAUUGUGCUGUGGCUGAUGAUCGCUCUGGCCCUCGCUGUCAUCGCCAUCGCUUACAACCUGUGGAACAUGGACCCAGGAUAUGACAGCAUCAUCUACAGGAUGACCAAUCAGAAGAUCAGGAUGGACUAAGACCAUGACCAUCAACACUCCAGCUGUCCUCUUAGAUCCCUCUAGUGAAUGUUUGUGUUUUGUGUGAGGUCUUGUUUAGUGAAAAAACUGUGACGGCUUGAUGGGAAGAAGGGCGUAAUACUGAAUCACCUUUGUCUACAACACUGGCAUGUUAAAGGACAAAAACAUUAAAGCAUACUUAAUUUGCCUACAUAAAGCGGUUAAAUAUCAUCUUCCGCUGGUGUAUACACUGAACAAAUUCAGACUUCCUCCCUUCAACCUCACAGCUCACAUCAUUCCUUACGACUUUAACUCCUCACUAACUAUGUUUCAUUUGUUUCCCCUGGUGAUUGCAAUUGUAUUUUUUAUUGUAAAAAAACAACUAUUGUAGUGUAAUGAAAGAAUGCAAUUUGUCUGGUUUAUGUGUGAAGUUGUGCUUGUUUUGCUAUGUGAAACUGUUUUAAGUUAAAUGAAAUCUAUGUGUAUAUAUUGAAUAUACAAAUGCAACUGUAUGAGAAACUGCUGUACUCUUAUUGUGAAAAGAUUUGUGCAGUGUUUAUUCUGGGUAGGUUUCACCCUGCUUUAAUUCCAAAUGGUAAAUACUUGGAUUACAUAAAUACUUGAUCGUAAUGUUGGUUGUUAAGAUUGGACAAGGAUAAAUUAAGCUUUGUAAAUUGCAAUAAAAUGCCCGACAAUAAAUUAUUACAUGUAUCACCCUGA